UAGCUUUUUCCUUGCCGAUCAUUGGAUCAUUUCGCGCCGCUGGAAGAGACGAAGGAAAGCUACGAUUUUCCACCGAUAGAUGUCCUUCCUCCUCUUCACUCAUUCCCCUUGGUCUGGUCAUCUGUUCUUGUUAAAGUUUCGAACACCGAGACCUGACCGAGACCGAGAAUCUAUUUUGAUUAAUUCUUUCGGCGUUUCUUAAACAAAAUUUAGAUCUGGAGAGAAACUCCGAUCUCAGGUAGAGGUAGUUCAUUCAAGUUUGAAGUUGUUAGGAAAGAGAAAGACCCUCCAAUGAAUAAUGGUGAUGAUGGCUUUACUCUUGUAACACGGAAGACUCGUUCCCAGAAAAAGGUCCGACUGCCUCUAGCCUCUAAUUCUUCGGACAAGAAAAACCUUGUGAUCGCCGAGGUUUCACGGGAUUUAGCUAUCAAGCAGGUGCAAAAGUCUCGCUCAGAGAUAGAGGCUAGUGAGUUCUUCAAGCAGGCGUUGUGCUCGCUGCAGGAAGGUCUCGAGUCGAUCAAAAACGGCAGCGUCAAACAUUUCCUCUGCUACGGCCUAGGCUGCUUCUCCAGCUGUCCAAUAGCCAGGCAUCAGCUGGGCUUUCUGCUGGCCCUGAAGGGGCAUCUGGCGCCCCUGAGUGUGCUCCUCUACGACCCUCUGUUCACGCCGCUCGAACGCAGUCUGCUAAUUGACGAGUUUGGCCUCUCGCUGAUCGACACGAACGAAGAGGGCAAGCGUUCGGUGUCCAAGGAAGGCUGCACUCUGGUGUUCGCCCCGCACUGUCCCAAGCAGCUGACCAACAACCUUCUCUGGGCCAACUGGCACCCUGAACUGCUCGGCCGUUGUCUGCUUCUGGCCAACAGUUUUAACUCCGUGGCGAACAACCCUGCCAGCCAACCUGAGACGGCAGAGUACCUCUUGCGCAUUCACGAACACACCUGCGAGGUCGGCCUCAAGAAUUCGUUUCGCCUCUACGACGUGUUCAACGACCUUGCUUUUCACUCAUUCGACACUGAAAAGAUCAGCCAAGAUUUUUGGGUAAACCACCCUGAACCUAUCUACCCUGAGGACGAUACAGGCCAAGUGAUCAGGAAUGGCCAACAAUCUUAGAAACCUGAGGCGGCUGCUGUCCGAAAUUCGUCUGUCCUCUACGGAAAAAAAUGUCAAAGACUCCCUUCUGGUGCAGCACAUAAUGCAGCUCUACAGGCAAAAUCAAGUGACUGAUGAGCAGCUGUGUCGGGCGCAGUCCGAGUUGGCUCACCUGUCAGAAACGUACUCGUGCUACCUGUCGAGUCUUCGCCGCUACUCUGCUAUCAAGGACGCCUACCAAGGCAAGGGCGAGCGCACCGUGCGGCAA